UUUACUCGUUGGAACUGACUUAUUGGAGUAAUUGAAUACAUUGAAUGUCUUCAUCAUUUGGUAUUAUCUGAGUAGCAGCUAUAUUCAAUAGUACCUAGCCAGAAACUAUGGUAAUCCUGUUAAUUCUGAAGAUUUUUCUGGCUUUCUCUAUAGUGCUAGGAAAUGGCUUGAUUAUUAUGGCAUUUGUGGUGGACAAAAAUCUUAGACUUCGGAAUAACUAUUUUUUCCUUAAUCUGGCCAUUGCUGACUUUUUCGUGGGUGCAAUCUGCAUUCCUUUAUAUAUCCCUUAUGAAUGGGAAAAGGAAUGGAGCUUUGGAAGUGAGCUCUGUAUAUUCUGGCUAGUUAUUGACUAUCUUUUGUGUACAGCAUCAGUGUAUAACAUUGUCCUCAUCAGCUAUGACCGGUACCAAUUAGUCUGCCAUGCUAUAUCGUAUCGAUCUAAACAAACAUCGAUCUCAAGGACAGUCACUUAUAUGGUAGCUGCGUGGGUGCUGGCAUUCUUAGUACAUGGUCCAGCAAUCCUAAAUGGGAGUAACAAGAAGAGCGAGAAUACAGAAUGCAGAAACCAACUUCUUCAUACAAUCCCUUACAUCAUCAUCACUUCCAUCUUGGAGUUCUUGAUCCCAACCAUCUUGGUGACCUAUUUCAACUGUUGCAUUUAUUGGAGCCUACACAGUCGCAGUAGUGUCAGAGGCAAACCUGCUCCUACCCCUAGCAUCCCUUCUCCAGUCCAAGACAACUCAGUGACCUGCACAGUAUUUUCAAAGAUAUGUUUUCCUAAACUGGAUGAAGAAAUUCAUUCCUCUUCUGUGAAAAGUAUGAGAAAGAAAAGCCUUUUUGCUUCUUUAAAAACCCAAGUAGAGGAUGAAACAGCUUCUGUUGAAUUGUCCUCUUUAUCCCAGUCAAAUUCUGUGUCCGUUGACUUAAUAGUUCGGCGUCGGAAACUACUCAGAGAUAGAAAAAUAGCCAAGUCACUUGCCAUUAUUUCAGGGGCUUUUGUCUUUUGCUGGGCUCCGUAUACUUUGUUUACAAUUAUUCGUUCAUUUCACUAUAAUAAUGCAUACGAUCCCUGGUAUACUUUUACAUUUUGGCUUCAGUGGUUUAAUUCCUUUCUCAACCCCUUUCUGUAUCCUCUGUGCCACAAAAAUUUCCGGAAUGCUUUCGUGAAAAUAUUUUGUAAGAAAAAGGUAAUUGCUUCAACACAGAUAUCACUUUCCACUUGAGUACAAUGUAGGAAAAUCAGAAUCUCGCCUAUUGUAUAUGAGUUUGUUUUAGCUCACAUCUACCCCUUAUAUCAUAGUGCUCUCUCUGCCUCUCCCCUCCCCCUUCUCCCAAGGAGGGUGGGGAAAUCACCAGCACUUCUGGAUAAUUCUGUAUAAUUACCUAGAAUAAUUCUGAAUAGCUCUGGAAAUAAGGGAGAUAUGAGAGACAGUAUGGUAUAAUAGUCAGGAGAUCUGGGUUUUAGUCCUGGCUCUGCUGCUAAUUUGUUCUGCAACCUUGGGCAAGUCACCUAGGUUUCUCUGGACCCUGGGUUCUUUAUGUAAAAUGAAGGGAAUGGACUGUAUGAUCUCUAAUGUUCCUUCUAAAGUUGU